UUUCUUAUAAACUUAGUCACGGACGGUUGUGUGGAAUUUAGGAUUCGUUUCCUUAAGUUUCAUCCUUACUCUGCGGUUAACCUCACGCAGGCCAGAGCAACGACUCUGCUCCGCUCAUAGGUCAGGUGUCUUGUCAGUCACGCCCGCUGGCCAAUAGGAAAACCGAGCGAGGGUGGAGAGGCGGGGCCUGCGUCAGAAAACAACCACGCAGUUAUUUCCCAGCCGGAGUCUCAGCGUGUCUCUUGCAACUGCAAACGAGGAAGGAAGGUGCCCUGUUCUCCGUUACAGAUACAGGAGUCCUGUGCUGAGUCAGUUGCCAGACCUCCUCGGUGCGUAGCCUCAAUAAACCGCUGAGCACCAUGGCUCUGGAUGGAUGCGGGCUCCUCUGCAAGUAUAUCCUCAUUCUGUUCAACAUCCUGUUUGCUGUGGUGGGGUUUGCCUUUUUGGGUCUGGGCCUAUGGCUGAGGUUCAGCGAAAGCACCAGAGGGAUCUUCCAAGUAGAGAUGCUCAACUCAAGUGCUUUUGUCAUUGGUGUCACGGUGCUGAUCGCUCUGGGCACUGUUAUGCUGAUUGUGGUGGCAUUCGGAGACUACGGCGCCUGCAACGAGAAGAGAUCCGCUCUGCAAGUGUUCUCUGUCCUUGUGGCUUUUCUGGCUAUUGCUGAGAUUGCCGUUGGAGUUUUUGCUUAUUCCAGCAGGGACAGGGUUGGGAUGAGCAUUGGGGAGUUUUACACAAGCUUAUACACUCUGUAUGUGUCCAGUGGAGACCCAGGCAUCGCCAUCACUCUCACCUUCUUCCACAACACGCUCCACUGCUGUGGAGUGACUGGCGUCUCAUUGAUUGAGAUAGUCAAGCAUACAUGUCCCAAGCCAAAUGGAUUUAUGGAGAGCAUCGUUAUGCCGAAUUGUCCUGUGACCAUCGUAAAGCUCUUUGACACCAAGGCACCGCUGGUGAUGGGCAUCUUUAUCGGGACCGGAGCUCUUUUGACCAUUGCUCUGAUUUGCAGCGCAAUCCUCAGUUCACAGAUUCGUCAGUCUGCCUCAUCUCCUCAGUACAUUAUCCUGACUCACAGCACUGCUGCAGUUGCUACCCCUCUGCCAGCUCAGCAUGACAUCACUUCCUAUCCCGACCAGGACCCCGUCGUCUUCACACCCCUCUCUGUGGCCAACAUCCCUGUGGCUCAGGCCUAGUGUGUGCUCCAUAGUUUUAGUCCUCACUUUUGUGCCAUUUUGAUUUUAGUUCACGACACCGAUAGUUUAUAUAUAUAUAAGUUUAUAGAACCAAUUAUUGCCGUUAUUUGGUAGUUGCUUCUUACACCCACUGAUUAAUGGGACAAAUGCUGAUUUGUGGUUGGAGUGCUUCUUUUGUAGAUGAUUUUUUGAUAGUUUUACUACUAAUGGUCUUUAGAAGUCAAAUGUUGCACAGGCUAGGCUUCUUCUUUGGCUACUGGCUGUGGUUUGUUCUUUUGAAUCUGCAGCUGACACUGGAAAAAAAAAAAAGGAAAAAAGUCUGUUCAUACCGCACUUUCCCCUUUUUUAUUUUUAAAAUCACUUGUGAUUGGAACUGUACCUUUGGCAUGUCUUUGUUCGGCUGGUUUGAAUCUUAUCUCCUGGGACAGUGGAGGAUGAUGCAGGCUGUCCACUGUACAUCUUCGUCCUGUCCCCUCUCUUCACAUCCCUUCCUCCUUCUGUUUCUAUAUGAUAGAUUACUGCCCUGGUCUGCACCUCU